AUGUUUACUACCCUGCUGUUUCUCGUUGUGGGCUCGACCACAAUCUUGGCCACAGACUACCUUCUGCUGAUGGAUGAUCCGGACAUAUACACGACGUGCAAGGAAGGACCCCCCGGUUCCCAAGGACUCAACGAAGCCUUCGACAUAAGCGCAAUGUCUGUUGAUAUGGACCCCGAUGGGAUUCAUGUUUCGGGAAAUAUUACAUCCAAAUGGGAUUUACCGCGCACAGAUCGACUUACUGUCAGGAUGAGUGUGUUGCACCAUAAUCGCGGUAGUUGGGAGCCGACAGUAUUUAACAGCUACACACCGGACUUCUGCGCCACCAUGUUUGAUCCGAAUCAGUACUGGUUUAAGUACUGGUUCAAAAAUUUUGAAAACCGGGAGGAGAUUCAGGAGAAGUGCCUCGCGACACCCGGUACUGUACUGAUGUAUAACCCCUUUACUGUGGUCCCGCAAAUAAACAACGUGAUGGGUCCUUCUCUCAAAGGACGCUAUAAAGUGGUGUUCUUGUUCGAAGCAUUUAACGAAAAGGACGAACGACGACCGUCAUCGGUGUGCUUUGAAAUCACAGGCGAAGCAGAAAAGAUCAAGAAAUAA